UGCUUACUGAAUAAGUGCAAUUUUAUAUUUCUCACCCAAAGCACAUAAAACGGAAUUUUCACAAUUGCAUUAAAAUGAAAUACCAUUUAGAUGUCAUAACAUAACAUAACAUAUGUUAUAUAACAUAACAUAUCAUGUGUUAUAUAACAUAACAUAUCAUGUGUUAUGUAACAUAACAUAACAUGUGUUAUAUGACAUAACAUAACAUAACGUGUUAUAUAACAUACAUCUCAUGUGUUAUAUAAUAUAACAUGUGUUAUAUAACAUAACAUAACGUUAUUUAUAUAACAUAACAUAUCAUCUGUUAUAUAACAUAACAUUAUCAUGUGUUUUAUAACAUAACAUCAUGUGUGUUAUAUAACAUAACAUAAUCAUGUGUUAUAUAACAUAACAUCUGUGAUAUAACAUAACAUGACAUAUAAUGUGUGUAAUAUAACAUAACAUAAUCAUGUGUUAUAUAACAUAACAUAUCAUGUGUUUUAUAAGAUAACAUAAUGUGUGUUAUAUUUUAUAACAUAACAUGUGUUAUAUAACAUAACAUAACGUGUGUUAUAUAACAUACAUAUCAUGUGUUAUAUGACAUAACAUCUGUGAUAUAACAUAAAAUAACGUGUGUUAUAUAACAUACAUAUCAUGUGUUAUAUAACAUAACAUGACAUAUAAUGUGUGUAAUAUAACAUAACAUGUGUUAUAUAACAAAACAUAAUCAUGUGUUAUAUAACAUAACAUAAUGUGUUAUAUAACAUAACAUAAUCAUGUGUUAUAUAACAUAACAUAACGUGUGUUAUAUAACAUACAUAUCAUGUGUUAUAUGACAUAACAUAUUGUGUUAUAUAACAUAACAUGUGUUAUAUAAUAUAACAUCGUGUUAUAUAACAUAACAUGUGUUAUACAACAUAACAUAUUAUGUGUUAUAUAACGUGUGUUAUAUAACAUAGCAUAAUCAUGUGUUAUAUGACAUAACAUAACGUGUGUUACAUAACCUAACAUAUCAUCUGUUAUAUAACAUAACAUAUCAUCUGUUAUAUAAAAUAACAUAUCAUGUGCUAUAUAACAUAACAAAUGUGUUUUAUAAGAUAACAUGUGUUAUAUUUUAUAACAUAACAUGUGUUAUAUAACAUAACAUAUCAUGAGUUUUAUAAAAUAACAUAAUGUGUGUUAUAUGACAUAACAUAACAUAACGUGUUAUAUAACAUACAUCUCAUGUGUUAUAUAAUAUAACAUAACAUGUGUUAUAUAACAUAACAUAACGUGUGUUAUAUAACAUAACAUAUCAUCUGUUAUAUAACAUAACAUUAUCAUGUGUUUUAUAACAUAACAUCAUGUGUGUUAUAUAACAUAACAUAAUCAUGUGUUAUAUAACAUAACAUCUGUGAUAUAACAUAACGUGUGUUAUAUAACAUAACAUGACAUAUAAUGUGUGUAAUAUAACAUAACAUAAUCAUGUGUUAUAUAACAUAUCAUGUGUUAUAUAACAUAACAUAUCAUGUGUUUUAUAAGAUAACAUAAUGUGUGUUAUAUUUUAUAACAUAACAUGUGUUAUAUAACAUAACAUAACGUGUGUUAUAUAACAUACAUAUCAUGUGUUAUAUGACAUAACAUCUGUGAUAUAACAUAAUGUUUGUUAUAUUUUAUAAAAUAACAUGUGUUAUAUAACACAUAUCAUGUGUUAUAUAACAUAACAUACCACGUGUUAUAUAACAUAACAUAUCGUGUUUUAUAAGAUAACUUCAUGUGUGUUAUGUAACAUAAUCAUUUGUUAUAUAACAUAACAUGUGUCAUAUAACAUAACGUGUGUUAUAUAACAUAACAUAUCAUCUGGUAUAUAACAUAAUAUAUCAUGUGUUAUAUAACAUAACAUGACAUGUGUUUCAUAACAUAUAACAUAACGUGUGUUAUAUAACAUAACAUGUGUUAUAUAACAUAACAUAAUCAUGUGCUAUAUAACAUAACAUGACAUGUGUUUUAUAACAUUAUAUAACAUAACAUAUCAUGUGUUAUAUAACAUAACAUAAUCAUGUGUUUUAUAACAUAAUGUGUGUUAUAUUUUAUAAGUUAACAUGUGUUAUAUAACAUAACAUAACAUAACAUGUGUUAUAUAACAUAGCAUAUCAUGUGUUAUAUAACAUAAUAUAAGAUGUGUUAUAUAACAUAAGAUGUCAUGUGUGUUAUAUAACAUCACAUAUAAUGUGUGUUAUAUAACAUAACAUAACAUAUGUGUUAUAUAACGUAACAUAUCUUGUGUUAUAUAACAUAACGUGUGUUGUGUUGUGUUCUGUUAGAACAUCAAGCCUGGCAGAUAUUUAUAUUCAUAUUGUUUUUCUUUUAAUACUCUCACAGAAUUUUAAUUGUAUUAGUAGAGGACAAAUAAAUCUUACCAUGAAAAAAUGCAAAUAAGCUUUUACAUCAACCAGUUCCAUUUAUGAAAUAAUUCUAUGUUCAUAGAAAGGAUCUGGUUUGUUUUUCUUUUUUAUUCCGUACACGUAUCUUUAUUUGUAUG